CCAGGAUAUCCGGGAGCGUUGUAACUCACGUGACGAUUGGCUCGCCGGCAAACUUUUUUUGAGAACUCAGUCAUUUCGAGGAUCAAGUGGCCAAACGAUAUCAAUUAACUUGACAACAUGUUUCAAGCUUGUCGAUAUUCAGCAGGUUUGCAGCCGUCCUUGUUCGGAUUGUUUUCCAGACUGGGACGUAUGACAACUUGCUUGAAAUCCCUGAAUACUUCUAGUCAGGGAACCACCGAGAAUCGGAAACCGAAGACGGGAGUUUUGUUGUUGAACCUUGGAGGUCCAGAGAAGGUGGAAGAUGUGCACGACUUUCUGUUGAGAUUAUUUAGUGACAGAGAUCUCAUACAGCUGCCAGUUCAAAGGAUUCUAGCUCCUAGAAUCGCCAAACGUAGAACACCCAAAGUCGCCGAGAAAUACAAAGAGAUCGGCGGCGGAUCACCACUUCGCAUGUGGACCGAGAAACAAGGCGAAUUACUAGUGAAACUAUUAGACAAGUUAUCACCCCCAACAGGUCCUCAUCAACACUACGCCGGUUUUCGCUAUGCAAAUCCUCUAACAGAAGACGCUAUCGAACAGAUGGAAAAAGAUGGUAUUGGACAUGCUAUUGCCUUCACACAGUAUCCUCAGUACUCGUGUUCGACCACGGGUAGCAGUGUGAAUGCCAUAUUUAGACAUGUGAUGAAGAAUCCGAGUUCCAUGCGAUGGAGUGUUAUUGACAGAUGGCCGACACAUCCAGGAUUGAUCAAGACAUUUGCAUCGUUGAUCAAAGAAGAGUUAGAAAAGUUUCCUGAGGACAAGCGACAGAGUGUUGUAAUUCUAUUCUCAGCUCACUCGCUGCCAAUCAAAAGAGUAAAUCGUGGUGACAGUUACCCAUUGGAAGUGUCGGCUACCGUCCAACGUGUCAUGGAAGAAUUGCAGUUCUCUCAUCCAUAUCGUCUUGUCUGGCAAUCAAAGGUUGGACCUCUGCCGUGGCUCGGACCUCAAACUGAAGAUGCAAUCAAAGGAUUCUCUAAGUUAGGACAAAAGAAUCUGUUGCUAGUGCCGAUCGCCUUUACGUCAGACCAUAUUGAGACACUCCACGAGCUCGACAUCGAAUAUGCACAAGACCUUGCCAAGCAGUGUGACAUAGAGAAUAUUCGUCGAUGUCGUUCGCUGAAUGAUCAUCCAUCGUUUAUUCAGGCGAUGGCUGACAUCGUCGUCAGUCACCUAGAAUCGGCUCGUUCAUGUUCGCCUCAGUUCCUACUUCGUUGUCCCAUGUGCGACAACCAGGUGUGCGGCCGAGCACGAGAAUUCUUCAAGAAUCAAACCGUUUCGUAGCAAUUCGAUGAAGUACGGUCGAACGUUGUGAGUAUAUUGACAAUUGAAAGAAAUUAGACGACUGCAGGUACUACGUACAGGAAAUACGCUAUUUAAUUGGUUAGUGU